AUGUGGUACUUUGUCAAAAAGGCCUUGGGAACAAAUCGAGACACCAUUUAUACGGCUAGUGAAGGAUUGGCAGCACCGCCAAUGAGUGCCCACAGGAUAAAAGCUGGGAUUUUUGGCACUGACCAUCGCCAUGCCUUACUCCGAGGGGAGCCCACUGACCUGCCCGUGGACCAGGCUAAGGUGGUCCGUGUGUUCAUCAGUUCUACAUUCACAGAUAUGAGCAUGGAACGUGAUGCUCUCUUGGACAAGGCCUAUCCAGAGGUACAGGAGUUCUGUCAAAAAUUGGGCCUAGUCUUUGAGGUAGUUGACAUGCGCUGGGGAGUACCAAAUACACUGACUGCUGACCACAUGAGCACAGAACUGUGCCUGACAGAGAUCGAAUCUUGUAAAAGGAUGUCACUGGGACCCACUUUUGUUGCUCUGCUGGGCAAUCGCUACGGAUUUCGUCCCAUCCCCCGUGUCAUCGAGGGCAAGGAGUUUGAGGAAUUGCUCCUGAAGCACGCUUCGGAUUCCCAGUCCUCGAAGCUGCUUCAGGAAUGGUUCUGGAAAGAUGAGAAUGCGGUUCCACCUGUGUACAUCCUCCAACCUAUCACCACACAUCUCCCGGACUACAGCAAGAUGAGAACCGAGAGGCGAGAGGAGCAUGAGAAGGCCCUGCAAUCCUGGUCUGACCUCCAGCAGCUCAUUGCUGAUCUCCUGCGAGUCGCAGCCACCCAGGCAGAGAAAGAGGGCCGAAUACAGAAAGGAGCAAGGCACAAGUAUUUCAAAUCAGUUACUGAGUUUGAGAUCGACCGGGGCUUAGUUGAAACAAAAGAAGGGGACGUGUGCUCAACAGUGUUUAUCCGUGACAUCCCCAAUAUCCAGGAUCACUUCGACCAGGAGCAGCUACCCAAAUUCAUCGACGUUAAAGACGACGGGAGCAUUGACACUGAGGCUCAGGAGCGACUCGCCAGCCUAAAGGCCCAAGUCGUUGGCAAAUCCACCAGGAGCCUGCGGAUGCACUCGGUGCAGUGGUCAGAUGGAGUUCUGGACACCCAGAGCCAAGCCCAUGCUGAGUAUCUCCACGACUUGUGCCAGAACUUCGUGGAGGACAUGAAGCAGCAGAUCGAGGGAAAGGUGGCAGCGCGUCAUGGGGUCCAGGAGGAGCCGGCCUGGCUCUUUGAGGAACUGCGUCACCAAGGCCAUCUGUGCAGGGUGAAGCGCAGCAUCUUCUGUGGGCGCUCGCAGCUCCUCACCGAUAUUGGCCAAUGCCUCGAGCAGCACAACGGGAGCACCCACUGGCCCCUGGUCAUCCACGGGGCGUCGGGCACGGGCAAGACGGCGGUAAUGUCAAAGCUGGCCGAAGAGGUGAGGAGAACCUUCAGGAAUGGCUGUGUGGUGGUCACCAGGCUGCUGGGUACAUCAGCCCUGAGCUCGGAGAUACACUCAGUGCUGAAAAGUGUCUGCUUCCAAGUGUGCCUGGCCUUUAGGCUCAAAGUGCCUGCAGCCCACGUCACCAACUCUUACACUGAGCUAGUCCGAUUCUUCCACAACCUCCUGAGCACAGCGUCCAAGAGAAAUCGAGAGACCCUAGUCCUUAUCUUUGACUCCCUGGACCAGUUGUCUUCCAGCGACGGAGCUCAUAGACUCCACUGGCUGCCGAAGGUAUGCCCCCCCAAGGUUCACAUCAUAGUCUCCACCCUGCCAGCGGAGCACAACAUCUUGGCCGUGCUGCAGGAGGUGAUACCCAGGCCCGAGUGCCACUUCGAGGUGGAGCCUCUGUCCAACCAGCAUGGUCAAGAGCUCAUCGACCUGCUGCUGGGCACGGUGAAGAGGAGGCUAACCACAGAGCAGCGAAACCUCAUCCUGGAGCGUUUCCGAGACUGCGGCCAACCCCUCAUGCUCAAACUGACCUUCGACGAGGCCAAGAGGUGGAGCUCGUAUGUGCCGGCCUCAGAGCUGGACGUAGCUGCUGGCACACGGGACGCUGUGCGUCUCUUAUACUCACACCUGGAGAAGACGCACGGCCGGGUCUUCGUCUCGCAUGCUCUGGGAUACAUUGUCUGCUCAAGGAACGGACUGUCAGAGAGUGAGCUAAAGGAGAUCCUCUCAUUGGACGAUGAAGUGCUUGGUGACAUCUACCAAUACUGGUCCCCUCCAAACAAAGACAUCAUCCGCCUCCCUCCCUUACUGUGGACCCGGCUUCGAUAUGACAUCGGGGAUUAUCUGGUGGAGAGGCAGGCAGAUGGGUUCCCAGUCCUUGGCCUUUAUCACCGGCAGUUCACGGAGGUGGUGUAUGAGCUGUACCUGCUGGCGGAGGAGAAAACCAAACAGCACUCGGUGCUGGCUGAUUAUUUCAAGGGAACGUGGAGUCAUGGCAACAGGAAAAGCAUCACACUUCCACUCCUGAAGGAGACUCUGGUUGCAGACAGGAAGGUCUCUGCUCAGCCACUGAGAUUUGGUGACGAUGUCCUGAACUUGCGGAAACUGAGCGAACUACCGCACCAUCUGCUGAAUGGGGGACGCAUUGAGGAGCUGAAACAGGAGGUUCUUGGGAACAUGGAAUGGAUAGUUUGCAAAGUACAAGCCUCAGGAAUGAAAGGUUUGCUGGAGGAUUUUUAUGCCUGCACCAAGCAAAUCGAUUGUCCUGAGGUGCAGCUUGUUCAGGAUGCACUUUUACUGAUCUGGCCAACAGUGGACUUCAUGGAGAAUGGAAUAGACCAGAGUGUCCUUUACACUGAGAUGUUGGCUCGCCUCCAUUUCUUCAAGGGUUCUUACCCAAUGAUUGACAAACUGUGCCAGCAAUGUGAAAGAUGGUGUGCUGCAUGUCCCAACCCAAUCUUCACUCCUCUGUGUGGCUUCUUUCAGCCUCCUGGGGGACCACUAAGAACGACAUUGACUGGCUUCAGCAAAGGGGUGACUGCAAUGGAGCUAAGUACUGAUUGCACACUGCUGGUGGCAGCUUCACUGGAUGGAAUGAUGAUCGUAUGGAACCUGCAGGAUAUCGAAGUGAUUCACACGCUGACAGGCCAUUCUGCCGAAGUAAAGUGCAUCAAGGUGAUUCACAACAAGGCUCAAGCUGUGUCUGGAUCCUUUGACCAUACACUGCGCCUGUGGAAUCUAUUGACCGGGAAAGAGAUCUAUUCCAUCCCAGAGGAUCACUCCGGCUAUGAACACUUUGCACUGCUCCAUGUGGACGAAGCUGCUGACGUGAUCUACUCGGUCUCAGGCCCCCAGAUUAAGGCUUGGCACCUGAAAAACGGACAGCCUCUGUUCCAAUUAUCCGGUGGCACCUUGGACCACACCACAUGUACAGCAGUGCUCGGAUCCCACAGCUCGCUACUCACCAUGUCCUUUGGGGGCACAUUGUGUGUGUGGGAUGAAAUCCAGGGCACUCUACAGAACACUUACCAUCUCACCGGCCUAAGUCUCUCCACCCCGACCUGCAUUCUUUCAAUCAGAAGCCAGGACAAAGUCGCGGUGGGAUUCAACGAUGGCUUUGUGGCAAUGGUAUCUCUGGAUGGGAGCUGCGACACAGCAAGGGUCAAUUGUCCAAUCACAUUCUUGCUUGCUUCAAAAGAUGAAAAGUGUCUUUUGGCAGGUUUUGGAAAGUACAUCCGCGUUUUCAAAUUGAAUUAUAGCUCCAUUCUGAAAGUCCUGCUGAUGGAUUUGGAACACAGUGGCAGUGUUCAGGCUGCAGUGAUCAGUCAGGAUGGGAGCACACUGAUCACAGGCUCCAACGAUGAGACCAUUCGGGUCUGGAGUUUAUUGGACAAAGGAAAGCUGGUGGACUCCAUGGAGGGUAUGGGAGUCCCCAUCAAUUUGCUGUCUCUGUCCGGCAAUACCUUGAUAUCGGCAUCCCGCAGUGCCUACUAUCUCAAAAUCUGGAGCCUCGCUUACAAUCGCCAGCACAAAACCAUUGCUCCUUUCCAUAACCGCACGGCAAUUGCUGGCAUUUCAGAAGAUGGGAAGUUUGUGUGCUUCCCCAAAUCUGGGGAUUUGGAGAAAACAGUCAUCUGGAAUCCUGAAGAAGGUGUGACUCUCCGUACAAUCGACACUGGCAAUGAAAUCUGCAGGCUUGCUGUCGUCCAGCUGAAGAGGUUACUGCUCUGUGGCCUGAGAUCUGGGGCCCUGCUGGCUUUCUGCAUGGAGACAUGGCAGGAGCUGAUGUGCUGUCAGCCCCCAGGGCCAGGGGAAACAGUCCAAUGUCUCGCCGUUAGCAGAAGCGAGGAGCAGUUGGCAACAGCGUACAUUAGUUGUGUCAUGGUGCGUGCACUACACAGUGCGGAGUGCGACCCCCUACUGGGCGAUACCCUGGCCACUUUCCCCACUCUGCCACGCUUUGUAUUGACCAGUAUGGCCGUCAUGUCAGACUGCAGUGUACUGCUAGGCAUGGACACUGGGGAGCUCCACCUCUACACUGGGAACUCACUGCCCACUGUCCUGGAGCCUCACGACAGCAGAGUAACCUGCUUGGAGAUCAGUCACAAGGAAGAGUACGCCUUCAGUGGGUGUCAGGGGCCAGUCCAGAGAAUAUGGAAUCUCCAAAAGCAGCGGUGGGACUGUGAGUUUUCCUACAAGGGCUUGUUCUUUCAGGGGGUCAAGUGUGCAGCUUUCUCACUGGAUGAUCGUGUCAUCUACACCGGCUCGCGGGAUCGAACCAUCAAAGCAUGGGACCUUCGCAACGGUUGCCUUUUAGUGGUACAGUACGUGUAUGCGGAGGUGACCAACAUUGUGCCAUCCUCCACUGGACUCUUGGCCAGCACGAGGCUGGGCUACCUCGUCCGAGAGAGCUUCACUUGCCCACCGGUUCCUGAUGCCAAUUACAACCCUCUCAGAAACAUCCGGGCGAGCUGCUGUGUGCAGGUCAGACAUGGGCAAGGUACCAGGAGGGUCUUCAGCACUGGACCUCGGAACGGCAGCAGGAAGAGCCCAGUUGUACAGCAGAAACUCACAACCCUGAGUACACGUCAUCCUCAAAUGGAGAGAAGCAGCCCAAUAGCAAAGACAACCAGCUCCAUUGUUAUCUGA